GGGAAACUUGAUACACGAUUCACGUCCAAACUCGACAUCUUUUCUGAGCGAGGCGCUUAAUUGCCACGCUUCAUAUUGAAUAAUCACUUGAAGGAUAUUAUUUCUGUUUCACUUUCGGCGUCACACGGAAAUCAGAGGAUCGGAUACUGAACUCUUCAUCUCAUCUCGUCGCGUACAUUCACCAGAGCGCUCACCAGCUAGCGACACCAAACAAUGGCACCAGCAAAAACCCGCAAGAGAAAGUCCGACCAGGGUCUCCCAGUCGAGACACCAGUCGAAUCUUCAGCAUCAGACGACUCCAAGAUACAGCACAAACUCCCCGUCAGAGCAAAGGAUGGCGAGUCUGCUCAGAGCGCAAAGCCUGCUUCGACGCCGGCAAAGGGUACUAUGAUGGUCUUUGGGGAUGAUGACGAGAUUCCGGUGCCUGCGCCUUCAAAGCCCGUGGUUCAGGCUCCUGAGGAGGAGGAGGAGGAGUCCAGUGAUGAUGAGGCUCCCGAGGCUGUUUCCACAGCCAAGGUAGCAUCUGAUAUCAAAAAGUCUAGCCAAGCGGCCCAGAAGACUGCCCAAGAACAAGCCGCAGCGCAGAAGCGAAAGCGCCGGGAAAGGGAUACUCUCUUCAAGCAGCAAGCCGAAGAGCGCAAGAAGCUAGAGGACGAGGCCAAGGCCGCCGAGGGCGAGCCAGCUGAGCCCGCUGAGUCUGCAGUCCAGAAGCGACAGCCAGCCAAGACGCCCAACCUGCUACCCGCAGAGUUCCUCACAGACUCGUCGAGCGAAGACGAGGGCGCGGAUGAUGAUGAUCAGGCUAUGGCACGGCCAAGGAAGCGUCGUGUCACCGCCGUGGAGAGGACCUUGGCGCGUCAAAACCGCGGACCCAAGGACGAGACGAUCGGGUCGACGGUGUACCGCGUGGCUAAAAAGGUGGACGAGAGAAUGGCACCCAAGCUGCGCAAGCACGCCAGGAGUUCCAAGGAGCUGAUGCUCAAGCGGAAUCGGAGCGCUGCGAAGCCUUCGCGGUCUGGGUUCUUGGUCAAGUAAAAAAGUUGAUGUGGGAGAGGUUUUUUUGCAUUGGCGUUGAUGUUGUUUGCUAUGUACACGGCCUAAUAUUGGAUGGACUAGAAUAGCAUAUGCAGUAUUGUUUUUCUGGUGAUAGCUCGGCUGCAAUUAUUCAC